AAGAUGCCAGUUGUGCUGCUGAUCCAAAGAGUAGCACUUGGUUGAGGGACGAGGGUAGAUUUUAAUUGGAUAUUGGAAGAAACUAAUGGAUGUUAGUCAAUUUUGAUUCAGAGCCAGUUACCAGGAGUAACUGCCUGUCCCUCACUUGGUCUUCAAGGAGAAACCAGACGGGUAUCUUCUUGGAGAUACUCUAGCUCCAGAUUUGCUGCAGUGAGCAAAGAGUUUGUGCUAAAUGGGCUUUUGAGACCCCCUCCAACCCUAAGAUAUUGUGAGUAAAUACAUCUGCAGCCUUCAAACACCCCAAAACCCUCUUGAAAUGCCUUCUUGAACCACAUCUUUUCAGGCUCAUUUUCCAAAACUAGGGGUUGAGUUUUGAGCCUUCCAAAGCAUGGCGUCCCAACCUUCAAAUAAUGUGGAAGCUGUCGAGAAGUGAAAUGAAGGGGAGUAGCCACUUUGCCCAUGCUCAGGUCCCCUUCAUAGAUUUAGGAUCAGUAGCUAGUGGUUUAGAUCUUUGAGAUAUAACUGUAAUGCAUUCUGGACUAAAUCUAAGUCCUUCAAUCUCCUGGAUAUGGUAUAUGUUGCUUUUUGGUUUCUAGUCUGCUUCUCAAAUCUCUUUCAUCUGCUUAUCAUCAUUUUCUGCACAUGUGUACAUAAUUCUUUUGAACACUUGUUUGGGAAUUAGUUCUUUUACAAUCAGGACUUGUAGUUACUUAAGGUUCCACCAUUGGUUUUAUCUUACAUUGUCUGUCCCUCCGAAUGUUGACAAUAUUUAUUCUCUCUCUGUCUCUCUUUCUGUGUCUCUCUCUCUAAGCUGGUUCAUCUCUUCUGUUUAUCGUUUCAUCUGUUUGUCUAAUCUCUAAUGGGCUUUUAAAGGGAGAGGGAUGCAGCGAUAUGGUGCCCCUGACAACUCCUAUUAGCGCUGCCCUAUGGAGAGCCUGGGCCGCUCUUAAAACCUCUCCAGCGCCAGCCAAGUGAUUGAAUUGAUGAAAGCUGAAAACUGUCCAGUAGGCACUGAUGUUUCGCUCUCUGCCUCCUCAUCCCUCUCCCUUCCUUCCCCCUCCCCGAACCUUUUCUCUUCUAAAUAAAGAUUCGCGUCGCCGUCCUCCGCAAGCUGCGCAUCCUUUGCCCGCCUGUCCGAAGCGUGAGGAUGAGGAUGGCCUGGUUGGCACCCUCUGAAUGCUCUUGUGCCCCGUUUUGAUCCGGUUGUAGCAAUGGAAUGGUCCCUUUGGAUGUGUGCCUUCAGCGUUUGCCUGCUCUUCCAAGGGUCCCAAGGUGGCAUGCACCAGCGGCAGCUGCUGAAGGACCUGAUGGAGGACUACACGCCCUUGGAAAGGCCGGUGGGGGAUGACGCCCAGCCCAUCACGGUCCACUUCACGCUCAGUCUCAUGCAGAUCAUGGAUGUGGAUGAGAAGAACCAAGUUCUGACCACCAACGUCUGGCUGCAAAUGUAUUGGUACGAUCAUUAUUUGCGGUGGAAUGAAUCGGAAUACCCCGGCGUGAAGAGUCUCCGGUUUUCACCUGACCGUCUCUGGACGCCUGACAUCCUUUUGUACAACAGUGCCAACGAAGAGUUUGACUCCACUUUCCAUACCCACAUCUUGGUCAACUCCAGCGGUUAUUGCCAAUGGCUUCCUCCAGGCAUCUUGAAAAGCACGUGCCGGAUUGACGUCCGCUGGUUCCCCUUCGACACCCAGAAAUGCGACCUCAAAUUUGGCUCCUGGACCUACGAUGGCUGGCUCCUGGACCUGCGCAUGCUGGAGACGGAUACAUCCGGCUACGUUGCCAAUGGCGAAUGGGACCUUAUGGGUGUACCUGGCACUCAGAACAAGGUUUUCUACGAAUGUUGUCGGGAGCCCUAUCUGGAUGUCACCUUCGCCGUGACCAUGCGCCGGCGCACUCUGUAUUAUGCCCUCAACAUGCUGGUCCCCUGCUUACUCCUCUCCGCCAUGACCUUCCUGGUCUUCCUUUUGCCAGCUGAUUCUGGAGAGAAGAUUUCACUGGGCAUCACCGUCCUCCUUUCGCUCACCGUCUUCAUGCUGCUUGUGGCAGAGGUCAUGCCCGCCACCUCGGACUCCAUCCCACUUAUAGGGCAAUACUUCGCCACAACCAUGGGCAUGGUGGCUCUCUCGGUGGUGGCCACAGUCUUUGUGCUCCAGUACCAUCACCACGACCCUGAUGGCGGGUGCAUGCCAAGAUGGGUGCAGGUGGUGGUGUUGCGUUGGGGUGCUUGGCUGUUGCGCAUGCGCCAACCAGGGGAGGAGCCAGUGGGGCGGCCCCACUGCACCCCCAGUCUGCUGAGUUGCAGUUCGGAAAACAGCGAAGGGGGAGGCACACCAACCCAGCAGGCUGCCCCUGUCGUCCCCAUCAACAACGGCAGCCUCGCUUACAUGGGUGUCCCGACAGUGGCAUUCCCCACCAAACCCCCUGACAUCCCCCGGCCUUUCCUUCCAUCCCCUGAGUUUCAGGCCUCCACCCCGGAGGAGCUACUCUCCAGCCCUGAACUAGGCCACAUCUUGGAGGAGUUGCGUUUCGUGGCACAGUGUUUCCGGGGACGGGACGCCGCUCAGGCUGCUUGUAGCCAGUGGAAGUUUGCGGCGGCUGUCGUCGACCGCCUCUGCCUGGUUACCUUUGCCCUCAUCCACAUUGUCUGCUCCAUCGGCAUCCUCAUGGCUGCCCCCAACUUUGCGGAGGCCAUUACUAAGGAUUUCCUGUGACUGGUUUUGGGAAACAAAAUGGCGGGUCCCACUAAGGUCUGUUUGUCAGAAGAGACCUGUCCAAAGUGACUUGCUCUCCCUUAGCAAGAGGAUAGGUUAACAUCCUGGGAAGCAUAACAAAACAGGCUAAAUGGAGGAUAGCGGGUCAUAUAUGCAGUGCCACUACCGAUAUUACCAGGUUGAGUUUGGAAAAGUUACUUUUGGACAAGUCCCAGGAUCCCCCAGCCAGCAUGGCGGGUAACUUUUCCAGGCUGUGAAUGCUGUCUAUCAAGCCCCAUUUGGUAUCUCUGGACGACAAAAACGAUGCCUACUUCCCUCUCCAAAAUCUGAAUCUUUUGUCGUUCUUACGGCCAAGGCCUUCAGACUCUAAAUUGUCCUCAGAUCUCAUCACUUUUGAUUCUUUUUUUCAACCUGCCUAAGCUUGUGGAACUGUAUUUUCAACUCUUGUGAAUUCAAAACACUCUGAAACACUGAGCUCUUUAUAUUUGGAGUGGGAAACAAUUUAGAGGUAGUUGUGGCAAAGGAAAACUCAGUCCAGAUACAUCUCCAGGGAAAGGAUGGAUUGUAGUCCAGAGAUCCAAGCCUUGGACAAGGUCCCUCUUCCCAAACUCCAGGGAUGUAAAGUGAAAACAUACCUGUUUCUCAUGGUGUUGUGGUGAAGACAUUAUGCAAUAAAAUAUCUGAAGCACUUUGAGAUAGGAGAGUGCUUUUUUUUUUUUUUGCAACACUAGUAGUGCUGCUGAGAAUGGGUUUCCUUUUGUUUCGAAUGCCUUGGCUCCUUAAAAUCUAGAUAAUGUGUUAAUUUGGGGAAGGAGGGAUCCCUGAAGUUUCAGUACCCAUUACUGUAAUGUAGUAACAAAGCAUUUUUGAGUGUGGCCUCAAACAUUACAGUGCGUAACCUUCUAUGCUGAUGAUAUUUGGAUUUGUUGUUGUGUGCCUUCAGGUUGUUUCUGACUUGCGGUGACCCUAAGUAGAACCUAUCAUGGGGUUUUCUUGGUGCAAUUUGUUCAGCCAUUGCCUUAAUUGAGAGUACUGUAUAUAUUCAACUAUAAGUCGAUCUCGUGUAUAAUUCAAGGGCAAGUUUGGGGCUAAAAUUAUGGAUAUUGACAUGACCCUGUGGAUAAGCUGACUGUAAAACUUAGCGGCAUAUAGCAAAGGGAUCAAAAGGAUGAAGCAAACCAAAACAAUGUCAAAGAACCUACAAAAUUCCAGCUCACUCUUAUCGCUGGAUGGAUAAGAGGAUAGAGAGGGUUGGUGCUUCCAGGGCAGAUUAUACUCUCUUGCCUUUCACUUGGUGAUCAUUCCUCCUUUUAAAUAAGAGUCAAGAUACAGUACUUACAUUGACCCCUGGAUAA